AGGCUGGUCGCUGCUUCAAGCCCCGCUCGUCAUAGUUGUCGAGGACGGCGCUGAGGCUUCCACCGCCCCGAGACGAUGCUCGCCGCCGGCGGCUUCGACUGCUCGCUCCCGCGGGGACGAACUUGUCCCUCCGAGCCGCCGCCGCCGCUCAGGUCUCCGCAUGGAUCCCUCGAAGAUGCCAGACGGAGGACUCCAUGUUAUUUGUCUCGCGGGCGCGCUGCGUACAUACUAACCUGUGCCGUGGACCACCGCCAGAAAAUGGACACGCGGUUCACCCGAGGCAAGUCCAACAUCUUGGAGCGACCUCUGACCCGGCCCAAGACGGAGGUCAGCGUGAGUGCGUUCGCCCUCCUGUUCUCGGAGAUGGUCCAGUACUGUCAGAGCCGCGUGUACUCUGUGUCGGAGCUGCAGACGCGCCUGGCGGACAUGGGCCAGAGCGUCGGCGCCAGCCUGCUGGACGUCCUGGUGCUGAGGGAGAAGAACGGCAAGAGGGAAACCAAAGUGCUGAACAUGCUGCUCUUCAUCAAAGUUAACGUCUGGAAGUCUUUGUUUGGGAAGGAAGCCGACAAGCUGGAGCAGGCCAACGACGACGACAAGACUUACUACAUCAUCGAGAAGGAGCCGCUCAUCAACGCCUACAUCUCCGUGCCCAAGGAGAACAGCAGCCUGAACUGCGCCGCCUUCACGGCGGGCAUCGUGGAGGCCAUCCUCACGCACAGCGGCUUCCCCGCCAAGGUCACCGCCCACUGGCACAAGGGCACCACGCUGAUGAUCAAGUUUAACGAGUCGGUCAUAGCCAGGGACAAGACUCUGGACGGCAGAUGAGGAAGACCGGAGAGAGAGAGAGGGGCGGUUUUGUCGAUCGCCCCAGUGAGACGUGAAGUCAUCCAGGUCCAGGCUGCUGUUUGUCCCUGACUGAACUUCCUUGUGUUGACUUCUGAGACGGGAGGGACUUAAUGGACGGACGACCGCACCAUGCUGAGCCACGGCGACAGCAGGAAACAUGCAGCUCGUUGUUCAAUGCUCCACGUUUUGUUUUUGUGGAUCAUCUCAACAUCACUUUUUAUUUCACAUCGUCACAUCACGGAUGAUUCGGGGAGGGGGGAUAUUGGGUAAUACUGUGACCACAUCGUAAAAAAUUACUUUAAUUAAAUGACCCCUUCGGCUCUAGGAGAAUUGUGACGGCCCUUUUUUUACACUUUUUUGUAUCAACUUAAUAAUUAAUUGAAGAAACACUCCAAUUAUUUGUUGAUAAAAGUGAUUGUAAUGUGCAUCCAUGGCCUCAUUGGAUGAAAGUAAACCAACCAAACGAAGACAAGAUAAUUAGAGCAUCCCUUGUUUAUACAAUGAUAAUAAAGGAUAUUGUCACAACAGAGGCUACAAAAUAUUCUAGUAUAAAAGACAGAGAUCCGGACAUGAGAUUUAAUUUUUGUUUUCAUUCCAGUGUAACUGCAUCUGCGUGUUUUAUGUCUGAAAUAGAUUCAUAGUCCAGGCCGUAGCUAGCAUCACGACACGUGGGCAUAUCGUCACCAUUUUUUACUUGAAUAUAUUGUUGUUUUAUUUAGUGUCACUUUGGGGUUAAUAUUAACCAAACAAAACAUACACAUUGGGGUUUUAUGCGCUGGCUACAAUAAAUUUGAAUACUAAAUAAAGCUUCAGCGUUCCUCCUUCCUCCCCCCAGAAUGUUAUCCCUUAUGGCAGCGUGACAAAAGAAUUGAACGCCUUAAAUAAAAUGUGAUAAAAUCCAAAUAAUGAGUGACUGACGAACUUUUUUGGUUGCUGUGGGAGGGAUAUUACCAUGUAACCCAAUGCGUGACGUCAUUUUAUCUCAGCCUCCUGCUCAUCAUGCACCGUGUGUUUGCCUGUUAACCGUGAAUAAAGCUUUAAUAACA